GCAGAGACUUGGACUGGAAUGUAUUAAUACGGGAUGAGAUCAUGAUGUUUUUUUCGACUUCUCCCACUAUGGAUGAUGUUCUUGUGGUGUAGUUGUAGAAAUUUCGAAGUUGCAAGAGCAAGACAUCAGAAAAAUGGACAAAUAUCUUCAAGUAGAGAAGCGACUGUCUGUGCAGCGCAGCCUCCCAAAGGCGACACAGCGGGUUUUCCUUCUCCCGACAGAUGACCGGCAGAAGGGGAGACUCCCGAAACACGACAGCGGUCUUUCACGAGGAGCUGGAGGAGCUUUGAUAGAAGUUAUAGCUGAGACACCAGCGUCGGAUGUAGGGGACCACGAAGGAGAUACUGACGACGCACACGCAGUAGAUGGAGGCUUGGUAGAAGAGGUCGAUCAAGAAGAGCUUCUGCAUAUGAACGAAGACAAUCAGACUACCGCUACAGCACCUUGUACACCAACGCCCUCGUCUUCAUUAACUACGUCGUUUAGAAGUCCUACUUGUUGCGCUGUCUGCAACAACCCCACACCCGCACACCGAUGUCCGAAGUGCGACGUUCGAUACUGUGGGCUAGCCUGUUACGCGAAGCAUAAUCCUAGGUGUACGGAAGAGUUCUUCAGGGAUCAGGUGGAGAAGGAGCUGCGAGAACGGCAAAAGCCGAACCCCGAAGAGCGCCGUCGUAUGGAGGAAGCUUUGCGGAAACUUCAGACUUUGGAUCAAAACUUUGAGGAGACAGUUGGAGAUGUUGAUGGUGCUGGAGAAGUUGAUACAGGUCGUGCUGAUGAGAGCUCUCAGCGCCAGCUUGCGUGUCGCCUGAGACGAGGACAAAACGACCACUACGCUGACGUCGAGAGCAUACGAAGCGGCCUGCAUACGGAUCUCGAUGAACUGGAGGAUAGCAAGCUCAGUUUCUUAGAACACGGCACCGAAGGUUUAGAUGCAUCGCAUGUGGGCGAAAGCACGUUGCUCCAGGAUCCUGAACGUUUACGGGACUUGGUCACUGCUUUGGAAAACUUGAACUCCUCGCAGGGAGUCGACGUCGACGAAGUUACCCUUCUAGAAAGCCUAGGUCUGACGGAAAGCGAGCGACAACAGCUGGCGCAGUUUUCUGCUCAAGUAGUGCUGACGGAACAAUGGACACCUUGGUGGACGAAAAUGGAUCUGGAAGAAGGCAUAAGCAGAUUUGUCAUGGUAGACGUCGAUGGUGAACAAGAAGGAAGCUCAAGCUCAACAACCCCAGCCUCAAACAAGACAUCUCCUGCUUCUGAAGAUCAUGCUGAUGCCACAGACCCAGUACGAGAAACAUCGUCUCCUCAUGAGCUUAUGUUAACCAAGGCAGACUGUCUCUCUUUGGGCAAAGAGCUUGGGUUUACUGCAGCAGUUGAGGAGGUAGGCACUGCUGGGACCCAAGUUCAUCAAAGUGCGGCUGGGAACAAUGCUAUACAACUCGAUGUCUCCAGUACAAGUACCCCUCAACAUACCCCUAAGAUGGUAGCCUCACCCUCAGUAGGUUUUCUUCUUGGGCAUUUGAUGGCUUGUUACACUUUUGAGAUGCGGAAGAGCAAUGGAGACUUUUCGUUAGCCGCAGAGAGUAUUCUGACAGCUUGGAACCGGAUUUUGAGGACGCCACAUCCAGUAACAGAGGUAGAUGCUUGGCUUGCAAGUGCAAGAAACGGUGCAGCUACUAGUUGUUCCACGAACAUGAACAACUACGUCGAAAAUAAGUUAGAGAGAGACGCUUUGGACGACGCGGUAACACUUGCUUCGAGCUUUCCUUUGUCAGUCACAGUUCUUAGCAAUGUGCUUUUUGCUGCUCUAGCUCUUGACGUGCAGGACAGGAGCAAUUUCGACGAGCCGCCGAAAAAAUCGAAGACCUCCACGGAUAGAAAAAUUCUCACAAAAAUUCUAUCGAAUGCUGACAAGCUUCUUCGUAAAAACACGCUUGUGUCCUGUUUCACACCCGCUGCGGCGCGGAGACUUUGUUGGCUCUUGCGCUAUUUGCUCUCUUUGUUGGCUCUUGACGACGACGCUGCGUCGAGAAAACUACCACAUUUUCGCGUACUGGAGUCAAUAAGAAAGCAGAUCAAAGAGUUACCAGAACCAGAUGAAGUUGCUGAUACAGAUUGGCAAGUAGCCCGAAAAUUAUAGAAGUGGUUUCUUGAUGAAAAUCAAAAUCACUAUCGCUUCAUCUCGAGGACGUGGUCCUGCUCAUAUCCCUCCAUAUCCCUAGGUGUAUCGAUCCUGUGCCUCCACCGAAGAUGAACUUGAGUCAAGCGUGGCGAUCUCUACCAUCUCUAAGAGAACUCUUGACGCACUAGUGCUCUUUUUGAAGUUGGUGUUCAUUUCUGAUAGACGAAGAAAUUCAAAUUUUUCAGAUUUUACCGAUAU